AUGGGGUUUGAACUGGCAUUGCACUCUCUCCUCGCAAAAUGUGAUCGUUGCCAGGCUGAAAAUCCUGAAGAAUGUUCCAUUUCUGAGAUGGGAACAAAUAGUCUUUCUGAUUCUUCUAUAGUUAGGGAAAAGAACUUGAUUGACGGCACUAAUAAAAUUCUUGAAUCUGAACUAGGGCAUGUAAGUUUAAAAGAUGAACAUGAAGGGUGUAAUGCUGCUCAUAAUAUUUUGGUUGAGCUUGCAGACAGUGUUGUUGAUUCCCAUACUCUUGCUGAUUCCAAGCGACAUGUGAAACAAGGUGCAUGCACACAGUCUAAUUUGGAGCCAAGUUACUAUUGCAACAUCCCUCGGCCUUUGUCGAGUAACUCAUUUUCAUAUACUGAGGAUAUUAGAUCCUCAUGUUCUUAUCUUGAAAUGCCAACUGGUGUUGGAGUUAGUGGGCGGGGAAGCAUUAGCAUGGCUAUAGAAGGGCCAUCUGAAGAAGGUUCAUCCUACCAAUUGAAUAACAAUAAUUGGCUUGCUGAGGACCCAAGGCACUGCACUUCAAUGAACUAUUCUUAUAACGGGCCCUUUGCCAAUGAAUGGGGAAGAGGUGGCACACCUCCUUUUUCUUGGGGUGGUAGGCUUGUGAGGCGACGAGAGGUGAAAACUUUUGCAAAAGGGAAAUGUGGGAUGAGUGGAGAAGAAUUUGAUGCAUUUGUCAAUAUUUUUGAAGGUGGCUCUGUUCUAUAUUGCAACAUGUCCUUUGAGGCACUGUUAAACAUGAGAAAGCAGCUCGAAGAAUUGGGGUUCCCUUGCAAAGCCAUGAAUGAUGGUCUUUGGCUGCAGAUGCUUUUAAGCCAACAGGUGCAACAAAUUGGUGCUGACACAUGCAAAAAUUGCUGCUUCAUGAGUAUGGCAUGUGCAUGUAAGCAGCAGUUUGGAUAUCCUCGUGGGGUUACUGCCUCUGGUUAUUACAUGCAAGAACAUGUUCAGAAUAAUCCAUCAAGCAAUAUGGGAAAUGUGUAUGUCACUGAUUCCACUCAAGUCGAAGGAAAUGGUUCCUUUAGGCCUGUACGUGUGUAUGUUAGGGGGCCUAUCAAUGGGCUAGCUGGUAUUGGAUGUGGAACUACAUUUGCGCCAGCAGCUGCUUGGCCUCCCACACGUUUUGUCUUUUCUCGUGUACCCUUUGGUAUGGGUAAUCGAAAUUGCCAGCAGUCUGCUGGUAAUAAUGAUUCAGAGAACAGAGAUGACCACAAUGGGGACCUGGCUGGGGACGGGUUGACGGCUUUGGUUGGACUUAGCCAGGGAGGAAGCAACAUAGCUAAUGUUCAUGGGGAGCAAGCAGAAAGAGGUUACGAGACAGAUACACAAAGCAGACUGGUUGGACCCUCGGUUGCUGGGCCAAGUACCACUAGUGUUCCUGUGCAGAUGCCAGACUCUCCUGAGGAUGCCAUUGGGAUUGAGUGGGAGCACUCAAACAGUUCGAUAUCAUUGGAUAUGAAAACACCUCUAAGUCACUUCCCUCCAUUUCGUUUUUCAGUGGAAUUUCAGGAGGUGUAUAGGCUCAGUGAUGGCCAGGUCAAACACUCUUCAGAAGUAUUCUAUGCUGGUUCCUUGUGGAAGGUUAGUGUUCAGGCUUUUAAUGAUGAAGACCCUCAAGGACGCCGAACUCUUGGAUUGUUUCUUCACCGACGAAAGGCGGAGAUAACUGAUCCACUUAGAAAGGUUCAUAUGUACGUGGAUUCUCGGGAGAAGGUUACUGCUCGUUACCAGUUGAUAUGUCCGUCAAAAAGAGAAGUGAUGGUUUUUGGAAGCUUUAAACAAACUGGAACGCUUCUGCCAAAAGCUCCCAAGGGAUGGGGUUGGCGUACAGCUUUAAUAUUUGAUGAGCUUGGGGAUCUUCUCCAAAAUGGGGCUUUGCGAAUAGCUGCUGUUGUACAGCUUAUUUGA